GCAACCUCGAUGAUCUUCUUCAUCUUCUACAAAUCAAUUUGUAAAGCUUCUGAUUAAGGUUUCAAGGCUUCAUUCUUUACUUCUGAUCUCCCCUAGUUUUUCCCUAAGUUUUCAUACAUCACUUUGCUGGAUACAAGACAUCAGACAUGAUGAACCUCGUAAGGAGAUCCCUCGGAAGCAUAUCUAAAUCGAAACUGGCUUCGACCCUCCCGUUUUCCUCCGCUUCACAACCUUCUGGAAUCCGAAAAUCGUUGAUAACCGUUUUACAAAGAGGAGCAUCAAGGCAAGCCAUUACUGAUUCGGGUCUCAUGAGUGUGGACUCAAAUGGUGCUAAGGGACUAUUGUUUGGCUUCCGAAAUCAACAAGGAAGAAUGUGUAUGGAAUCUCGUCCAAAGAACAUCAAGUCGUCUUCCAUUUCUAGAUCUUUUGCAUCAACAAGUUCUAAAGAACCUGGUGUACAGCGGAAUAAGGCUAAGAAAGAGGUGACUACUGUGGAAGACCCUUUUGAUUCUCCUACGUACCAUAUCCCGGAGAAGCCGGUGACCUUUACAGAAGGUGCUUCCUACAGUCUUGUUAUUCUGGCUGGGCUUGGGGUCGCUGGAGCUGCUGGGUACGGAGUGUUUAAAGAGCUCAUAUUUCAACCAAAAGAGUACAAGGUCUUUGACAAAGCCUUGAAGAGAAUUCAAGAUGACAGUCAGGUGAGGGUUAGGAUUGGAUCCCCCAUCACAGGAUACGGACAAGAAACCAGGAACCGAGCUGCUCGUCAACGUAUACCCAACAGAGUAUUUACAGAUGAAGACGGAGUAGAGCAUGUUGAGGUAAACUUCUUCAUCCGUGGGCCUCAAGGAGCCGGGAAAGUGUACACGGAGAUGUUUAGAGACAAGACAGACAAGGAAUGGAAAUACACGUACCUGAUCGUUGAGAUUUUAACUCCUUCCCCAGCCAAACUGAUGCUGGAGUCUUAUUUGCCCGCCUAGACUCGUAUCUUUUUCUUCUUCUUUUUUCGGUUCACCUUGAUUCCGGAGCGGCUGGAUUGUUUUUAGUUGUGUUGUUAGACGAAACAAAGAGAGUGUGUAUUGGAAAUAUUUUCCUCCAUGAACAAGUCGCUGGUUCACUUUCAGUAGCCAUUUUCGAAUACGUUCAGUGGGCUUCAAACAUCUCCCUUUUUCCUAAGCCCAAGCCCAUUAAAAACGC